AUGCGUCGCGAUACUGCCAAGCUGUUAGUUGAACCAGUUCCAGCUUUACCUAUGAUACAGAAUGUUCCGUUUCAAUGUACACUUGAUCGUCAAUUUAAUAGCAGUGCAAUAAUACGACAGCUCUUCGAAAUGCUGAAAUAUUUUAUAAAAAAUGGAAACUCUGAAAAAGAUUUGCCGAUUUUGGAUCCAUUUCAUUUCAAAUACACAGACGUGGAAUUUUCUUCGCCUGCAAAUACAUUGAGCUUAUACGCUGGUUUUGCUAAUGGAGUUUUAAGUGGGCUUGGGGACUACCAACUACAUAAAUCAGAGUUUAUAAGAAAUGAAAUUGCCAUGGAUUUAUGUUUAAAUUUUCCAGUUAUCCUAUUUAAAUCAGAACAUUAUGAAAUGGAAGGCGAAAUCUAUGAUUCUAUACCAUUAGCUGGAAUGGGGAGAUUUGAAUUCGACAUUUACAAUUUUACAUUUUGUGGUAAAACAUUCUUGAAGCAGUCUGAUAAUGGAAAGUCUAUAUUGAUAAAAAAUAUCACCAAUCCCAGUUUCAGCAUAGACCUAAUUGAACCACGGAUAGAAUUCGACGGCAACAUAGACGACAUCGUCAACGCUAUGAUAAGUGAGCUGCUAGCUGACUACCUCACUCGAUUCAAUCGGUUUAUUGCUAAACUUUAUACAGAUCAAGUUAUUGCUUUAUUGAACCCGCUCUUAAUUAAAUUUGAAUCUUGGCGAAUAUUAGCAACAUUACUAAUGAAAUUGUUAUUGAUGCUUGUGUUAUGCGGACUAGUAGCAGCCGCACCGAGUGUUGAAAAACGCGAUCUAAUCAAUCACGAAACUCCACAGGACUUUCCUGUGCUAAAUAACAACGUUGUUAACAUUUUGAUUCGCCAGUUCUUUAACAUCCUGCGCACUGUUAUUAACGACGGAUUAGACGCUGCCGGGAUCCCUCCGUUGGAUCCUCUGAAAUUGGAUCACUUGCACUUGGUGGUACCGGCUGGAUUUAUAAACCUGGACUUGGAACUGAAGGACGCCUUGGUGGCAGGCAUUGGUGGAUUUAUCGUACACAAAAGUGAUUUAGAACUCUCGGACUUCUCAUUUGACAUCGACAUCUCUGUGCCUCAACUGGAUAUAAGUGCUGAUCUCUAUGAUCUUACUGGCGAUAUUUUGACUGCUAUACCUAUUUAUGGAAGUGGCAAAGCAGUGUUUGUCGUUGAAGGAUUUAGAUUUAAAGCAAAACUGUUCUUGAGACAAUCGGAUAAUGAAAAAUCUGUGAUUAUCGACAGGAUAGAAGAAGCUAUUUUCGAUCUCCCGUCUGUCAAAUCCAACAUUAGUGGAGUCAUAGGAGGAGGCGACAUCGACGCUAUCGUCAACGCUAUAGUGGAGGAAGUGCUGGUCGAUUACUCGGUUCGAUUUCGCGGCGCCAUUUCAAAGCUCGCUGCAUACGCUUUCAUCUCGAUUGGAAACCCUAUAUUGGAACAACUCGACACUUGGCGAUUCAUCGAACCCUUGCUGCCCAGCUAA